AUGGGUUUAUCUAGAAGACAUACAAUGCGAUGGAAGGAUGCAGCUUUCAUUGAUUCGUUUGAUCUGAAAGUGCGAAGAAUUCAAGGAAAAAGUAUUCACUUAUGGGAAUUCAUCCGAGAUACACUACUCGAUCAAACGUAUUGUCCGAGUCUGAUCAAGUGGGAGGACAGAAAAUCUGGAAUUUUCAGAUUUGUUCAGUCAGACAUUGUUGCAGGAAUGUGGGGCAAAAAGAAAAAUAAUCCGAAAAUGACAUACGAAAAACUGAGGCAGAGCUAUGAGGUAUUUAUUUUCAUUUUAAGGUACUACUACAACCGUGGUAUUCUGGAAAGAGUUGAUGGACGACGGCUCGUGUAUAAAUUUGGUCCCAACGCUCAUGGCUGGCAGCAAAUUGGCGAAUCCAAUGAAACGCAGGAACCGGAUCAAAUAUUCAAGAGGAGGUCAAAGUAAAACCAGAAAAAGGUCCAAGAAAUAAUCCACUACAAAGUCAAAAAAACAGUCUAACCACAUCGCUUCGAAGACCAGCAAAUUGUAAAAUUUCCGUUACGAUGUCAGAUAAUGUGUUGCCUGAUUCGCGAAAAAGGCGUCGUUGUUCCAGCGACCAAAACGCGUCAAAUAAGUCAACGAUAGACGUUGCUGUUGAAGCAAAAUCGACAGAAACCCAAACCAUGCGAGUCUGAUCGAACAAAUAGUAAAAGUUAAAAAAGAAUGUGAGAAAAUGAUGGAAGUCAAACCAGAUCGUUCAAGAGUACACCGUCGCCCACAAGCAGAACCUACUUCGUGUAUCGUUUACGUCGCUCGACAGGUGCAACCAGCAGAAAAGAAGGAGCGACAAUGUAAAGAAGACAAAGUUUCACUUGUGCCGUCACAGAAGCAUUGAAAUGGUCUAACGAUCAACAGAUCAGCAACUCGCCUAGCAAACUUCCAAGUGCUGAAGUCUUAUUAGGCAAGCAUUACAAAAUCGCCACUGUCGCAACCUAAAGUAUUGUAAAAAAUGAUGAAAAACCUAAACCUAACACAACAAAAAAGCGGUUUUAUCAUCAAUUAUAAACAUAUCAUUGGUACUAUUGAACAUACAAAGCGACCCGAUUAAUAAGCUUCACGAAAAAAAUACAGUUCUUUCCGGAGUAGAAAUUUCUGACAAUUUGGCCAUAUGCUUCAUUGUUAUUCAAUCAGUUGUAGUUUGAAUAAUCAUCCGGCAUGCCGGUAUGUUAUUUUAUGAAAUUGUUUAAUGCAGGUUUGUGAGCUUAACUACCUAAGUCUAUUUCUCAUGUCUGUACUCCAUGAUUUCAGAAUCAAUAUUCAUUCACAGCUUUCGAACGAAGAAACUAAUGUUACUUUUUAGCGUAUAAAGACGCCGUGUAAUUAUAAGCUGUGGCUUGAGUGUGCAAUAAAUAAACGCAUAUUAAGAAUAUCCAAUAGUUGUCGGAGUUUUCUUCCAAUCAUGAAAAUAAAAAUACCCAAUUAUAUCGUGAUGUGAGUUGGCGAUUACCUUAAUUUUCAACAACUCAACAGCCUUUCUAGCUUUUCCAGGCAACUUUGACCACACGAUCCGUUUCCUAUUUCCAUGUAAAUAAAUGAGGCAACUAUUAAUCUAUUAGAGAGAGUAUUACAAAUUACACUUUUACGUCUUAUGAUAUUUUUUUAUUUACUGACAUAAAUAUAAGUUUUAGUAAAAUAAAUAAUAUUUCACGACUUUGUUCUAUCGUUAAAUGCCCUCUUUUUGUAUUUAUUUUUAAUACACUUGGUCCUUGAACUGCAUAUUUACCAGAUACCUUAUGGAUAAAAUUCUUCGAUGCUGUUUUUUAUACCUGUGCAGAAGCGGACCUAAUUUAUGAUAUGUACUCUGUUAAUGGCAAGAAUUUUACAAAAUUUUAUCUCCGAUUCAUUAUGUGGAUUUAGUUUAGAAUUCAUCUUGUAAACGACACGAAUAACUAACGAAUAUCUAAAUAAAUUAAUAUAAAUAUGUCAAUUUGUAAUCAGUAUUGAACAUAUAUAUUUUGUGACUGAAAAAUAAUGUGGAUUUUCCUAGACCGUACUUUUCAACCUGCGAUUAAGCUCCAUUUUCAUUUACUUGCGCCCUUUUUUAACAAAAUACUAGUUCAGGGUAUAGUUUUUCACUUCGUGAAAACGAGACAAAAAUGAAUACUUAAUAUGUUCCAAGGUAUGAUUUUAUAUUGUAAUUCGUGUGUAAUAUAAAAACUUAUUUGUACCAAGGGGAUCCAUGGUUAUAACACAACAAGUUUAUUCGGAUUGAUUCCAGAAUGAUGGUAAAUUUAUCCAAAUCCAACUUAUUUUUUGUAUUAUGAUGAAGCUUUUUUGCAUAGACAUUUUGGCAAAACAUGCUACCAUUUCAAGUUGACAAUGGACAUAUGGAUAACAAUGAAACUGUAUUGCAAUGUCGACCAUUUGUAUCCUACUUGACAGGGUAGCAAAUUGGUUGAAAUUAUGUUCGUUUCCCCCUUCUUUCUUCAGUAGCAGUUAGUUCUUCUACUGUGUAAAUAUUGAUAACAGCGUUAGUAUACACUUUAUACAGUAGUAUAAAAUUAUUUGUUAUAUUUCACUUAACAUCAUUGUCUCUUAAGAUUUUUUCGAACAUUAUCGAAAAAGCAGUAAUUCGUAAUAUAUAUAUAUAUAUAUAUAUACAUAUUGGAACUGUAUAUAAAUUUCUUUUUAUUACUUCAACUUUAUAUUUAAUAUGUUUGAUAUUGAA